AUGGAACCAGCAAAGAUGGAAAAAUCAAUCAAGAAAAGAAACCAUAUUCAUAAGAAAAAUAAAAAAUGUGACUCUAUAAGACAUACGAUAAAUGCUGCUAAUAUAUACUCAAUAACUGGGAAAACUAAUCAAUAUCAAAAAAUAAUAACAACACCCCCACCAUCAGCAGCAACAGCAAAUCUUAAUAAACGUAAACAAGAUGUAUCACUACAACAAUUAUCAAUAACAAAAGAUUCAAUGUCUAUUCUACAACAACCAUCAGCCAAAAAGAUGAUGAAUAUAACAAAAACAAUGAGUAUUGAUCCGAUAAUAAAUGCCAAUAAUAACACUAGUAUGAAUAUCAAUACAAGUUAUCGGAAUUUAAUGCGAUCAUCAUCCAUACUUUGUCAAAUAUUAAGUAAAACAUUAAAUUAUUCAUUAAAGAAAAACGAUGAACAAAGGUUUAUCUAUGAACCACUUAAACUAUUAGAUGAACAAUAUUGUCUAGAAAUGGACCAACAAUUAUGGAAAUCCUAUUUAGAUAUUGGUUUACAACAAUAUAUAUGA